CACUCGUGCCUGUGUUUAUUCUUCCUUGGCUUGACUACUGCAACUCCUUGUUGCCAGGCAACGCUAUGGAAGCACUCUGGAAACGAGGCUCAACCUGAAAGGGGUAGACAAAGGAAGGACUCGGCUCAGUCUGUUGAUGGGUAGAAGUGAUUCAUAUACUCAGCUAUGUACACCAACAUCAUCAAGCGACUGUUCGCCGUGUGUGUCGUCUCCGUGGUCGUGACCCUAGUCUUCUGGUCGGUCUAUACAAAAGAUCAUACCUACAAUGUAUCGACUCAAACGGUGAGGCCAUCGGUUCCAGAGACGACAUCUGUACCAAGAAACUCCCCGUUGGUUGAGAUCUUCCCCAACUGGACUACUGCCGACCCACACGAUGUAGUGCCGGUCAAGCGUGUCUACCUGUACUCAGCCACCCUCACCCUCCACCAGACGCCACCCAAUGGCAGCCACAUCCGCCUCACGGCCUUCCAGGAGAAGAGGGUGGGUCAGCUGACGUGCUGCCUCCGUGGCCAUGGCAGCGACACUGUUACAUCACCAGCGCACAUCGUUCACUCUCUGGCCAACCCCGACAACAUCAACGACCAGCGGGAGGUGUUCGCGGUGGUGUAUCAGUGUCACGUGCCUUUUUCACCUCUAGAUUUGACCGGGGCCCGCGUCACUGUGACCCCUGACCCUGCCUGUCCAGUGGAGGACAACUACUACAUACCAGUGUAUACCCCGGAGGUUGUCAAAGGAGGACUAGCCAUCUGCGGCAAAGUAGCCUUCGGUAGUUUGCUGGAUCCUCUGAAGCUAGUAGAAUGGUUUGAAAUGCAGAGGCUGCUUGUUGUGGACAAAAUCCAAAUACUGGACUUUGGAAAUCCCGAGAAUGUGAGCAGGGUGUUCAAAUAUUAUCAGAAUACCGGCUUGUUGUCUAUUUUCCCGUAUAAACUUCCAGGUCGUCCAUGGGGUCGAGGUUUUACUGAUGAAACUAGAGUCCUUUACCAGCUGAACCAGGAUGAAGAUUUUCCUAUCCUUGAAUGUCGUCUUCGACUGGCUGGCUAUGAAUAUGUCAUGGGCAUCGACAUGGAUGAAAUCAUUUUGCCAAGAAAUGAACUUUCGUUAAAACCUUUUUUGCAGCAAAUAUUUGGCGACGACCCAGUCCUAGCAGCCGCGUACUUUUACGUGCAGUUCUUUGUGGAGGAGUUCGGACCGGAGGACAAGGAUGCUCCCCUGCACGUGCUCCGCUACCUCAGGAGUACGCCGGCACGCUGGGAGUGCUACAAGUACACGUACAUACCCGCCAGAACCAACCAGGGUACAACACAUGGUGUUAGUCCCUACCCCGGCUUUGACACGACGGUAAUUGAAUCAGACAAAGCUGUGAUUCACCAUUAUCGCAAGUGCCCACACGUGUGGCCCACCUGCACUCCCACAACGAUCACCGACAGGUCCAUCACGAGGUUUCAAACGGACCUUGUUCCUCGGGUGAAAGACGUUCUCAGCAAAAUUGGAUUCUAGU